CCCGCAAAGGGCUGAGCAGGCGGCGAGCGCCGAACCGGGCGCGCAGCGGCGGAGCCGGGGCCGGAGCCGGGCCGGGACCAUGGACGAACCCCUAGUGAUUUACAGGUAAGUAUGGCCUGCUCUGGAAAACUUGAAAGGACCUACCGUCCUCCGAAUGACAUCUUUGUUUCAAGACCUCUACUUGUCUCAGCUUCAAGUUAGGUUUCAAGGAUGUGUUCCCGAUUGGAGGUGAAACCAUGAAAGGAAAAUAGAACGAAUAAUAAUGCUUUUCCGCAAUCGCUUCUUGCUGCUGCUGGCCCUGGCUGCCCUGCUGGCCUUUGUGAGCCUCAGCCUGCAGUUCUUCCACCUGACCCCGGUCUCCACAGCUAAGAAUGGAGUGAGUAGCAAGAGUCGAAAGAGAAUCAUGCCUGACCCAGUGACCGAGCCUCCCGUGAUGGACCCCGUUUACGAAGCUCUUUUGUACUGCAACAUCCCCAGUGUGGCUGAGCGCAGCAUGGAAGGUCACGCCCCGCAUCAUUUUAAGCUGGUCUCCGUGCAUGUGUUCAUUCGACACGGGGACAGGUACCCGCUGUAUGUCAUUCCCAAAACGAAGCGACCAGAAAUUGACUGCACUCUGCUGGCUAACAGGAAACCGUAUCACCCUAAACUGGAAGCUUUCGUUAGUCACAUGUCAAAAGGAUCCGGAGCCUCUUUCGAAAGCCCCCUGCACUCCCUGCCGCUUUACCCCAAUCACGCACUGUGUGAGAUGGGCGAACUCACGCAGACAGGAGUCGUGCAGCAUUUGCAGAAUGGCCAGCUGCUGAGGGACAUCUAUCUAAAGAAACACAAGCUCCUGCCGAAUAACUGGUCCACAGACCAACUUUACUUGGAGACCACUGGGAAAAGCCGAACGCUCCAGAGUGGGCUGGCCUUGCUUUAUGGUUUUCUCCCCGAUUUUGACUGGAAGAAGAUUCAUUUUAGGCACCAGCCAAGUGCUCUCUUCUGCUCCGGAAACUGCUAUUGUCCCCUGAGAAACCAGUAUCUGGAAAAGGAACAGCGUCGGCAAUACCUCUUACGUUUGAAAAACAGCCAGCUGGAGAGGACCUAUGAGGACAUGGCCAGGAUUGUGGAUGUCCCCACCAAACAGCUUCGAGCAGCCAACCCCAUAGACUCCAUGCUCUGCCACUUCUGCCACAACGUCAGCUUCCCGUGCACCAGAAAUGGCUGUAUUGACAUGGAGCACUUCAAGGUGAUCAAGACACAUCAGAUAGAGGACGAGAGAGAGAGGCGGGAGAAGAAACUGUAUCUGGGCUAUGCACUCCUGGGCGCCCACCCCAUCCUCAAUCAGACCGUCACCCGGAUGCAGCGUGCUGCGGAGGGCAGGAAAGAAGAGGUCUUCACCCUCUACUCUGCUCACGAUGUCACCCUGUCACCAGUUCUCAGUGCCUUGGGCCUUAUGGAAGCCAGAUUCCCAAGGUUUGCAGCCAGGUUGAUCUUUGAGCUCUGGCAAGACAGAGAAAAGCCCAGUGAGCAUUCUGUCCGGAUUCUUUAUAAUGGUGUUGAUGUCACGUUCCACACCUCUUUUUGCCAGGACCACCACAAGCAUUCUUCCAAGCCCAUGUGCCCCCUAGAAAACCUAGUCCGCUUUGUCAAAAGGGACAUGUUUGUGGGCCUGGGGAGUAGUACUAGUACUAAUUAUUAUGAUGCAUGUCACAGGGAAGGAUUCUAAAAGGUGAGCAGCACAGUGCUCAUAGAAUCUAUGCCAAUAGAGAGGGAUGGGAAGGGUCUGCUUCUAGUUCUGUCUGUUGCCAAGGGUUUAAGAUUAUUGAUUUAUAAAGGCUAGAAAUUGUGUUUUAGAGCCACGUAGAUGGUUGGGUUGAACAGUAAGUACGUCACUAUAAUUGGGUACACGAGUUAGUUACUUGGUACGUAACGGCCAGUUCACAGAGAAAGGGAAGGUACUUUUAUCAGAGCCAGACUUUGCUUACAACGCCAGAAUAAUAAUUCAAUACUCAAAGUUGGCGAUCCACAUGUAUAUUAUUUUGAUCCGCCAUGGUACUAUAUGAUGGAACCAGCAAACCUCAGCCCGCAUUUUCUUCACCUGGGACAAUUUUACCUUGUCCUAACUUCAAGGAAACAUUUCCUGAAGUGAUUUAUCUGAAAUAGGGGUCGGCAAAUUUUUUCGGUACAGGGCCAGAUAGUAAAGAUUUCAGACUUUGAGCACCCAAAGGCCACAUACAGUCCUCACUGUUCAGCUCUGCUCUUGGAACAUGAAAGCACCCACAGACAGCACAUAGCCAGAUGAGUGUGGCUGUGUUCAUGGGCUGCAGUGUGCUGACCCCUGACCUCAGAAAACUGGCUCCUCUACAGUUUGCACUUUCAGCGCUUUAAGAAGCAAUUGAACGCAGAGAAUUAUUCAGUGGUGCCUCCAGUAACCUCCACUAGACACACCGAAUUUGGUCUAUAUCUGGUGUUACAAUAAAACUUGAGGGGAAGUAAAUAUCAAAUCCGAAUGAAUCAUAGAAAAAUUGUUAGAAUAAUACUUGAUGUUCAUGAUGAUCGUGGUAGAUGAUAGUUUUAAGUAUGUUUUAAAUAUUUGUCUGCUGUAGUCUAUUUGCUGUAUAUGCUGAGAUUUUUGUAUUCCAUUUAGUAUUUUUAUAGUCUGGGAAAAUAUUUUCUAAGGCCAGUUUUAGAUGUGCUCUUAUUCCUAUGUGAUAUUCAAUUUACUGUACCUGCUUGGUGGUUAGAAGGAAAGCCAGAAGCUGAAUUCGGGCACUUUCUUCCAAUAAAACUAAUUAUGACCCAUUCCCUUUGACCAGCCCUAGAAUUAGAUCAGUUUUUAAACCAUUUUUGUCAGUUUCAAAUGGUAAAUUCUAACUGAUUUUUAAAUAAGUUUUUGGAAGAACUUUGUUACUAGAUAGUUAAAUAAGCUUUAUAAGGUAUUUUAUAUAUUAGAAGCAAUUAUAAUGAAAUCUGUGGUUUCUGAACUAAAAUGGUGCUAGUUCCUUGUGAAGAAAUGUAAAGUGCAGGUGAGACUUUCCUGUGUCGUUGGCAUUCCAAACUUUUUGUUUUUGUCUAAUGUUGCCUUUGGAUACAUACGUCCAUUUCUAUAAAUAAAUUUUUGAAGAAUACUCGGUA